GCGGGCGUGUCCGUCAUGCCCCGCGCUGGCUCCUCCUGGGAUCGCUAUGCCUUGGAGGAGACGGAGGAAGUGACCCAGACGCUGCACCGGGUCUACCAGGGCAUCCUGGCCCCGCUCUCCCUCUUCCAGCCUCCUUCAAAGGGGCCCCCAGGAGCCUCACAGCCCACCCUAGCCCCACCCAGCCCCCAGCUCCAUGGUACACAGGAGACUAGUUCUGCCGAGCCUCCCAGCACCCCGGAGACCAGCCACACGCUACCAUCUGGCUCCCCAAAGACUCCAGUGCCUGCAUUCUCUAUCCCCGUUUCCCUAGCUGCUCUGACCCAGUUGAUUGAAGGGCGCCUUUCUUUGGGCAGGGAGUCAUUGCCCAUCUCCAGCCAGGCAGGACAGGUCUUCAAGGAGAUCAUCCUGGCAGAAGUAAAAUUCGCCUGGGAGGAUGCCAGUCAGUCACUCUCCAACCCAGCCCUCAGCAGCUGGCAGAACAAGGACCUAUACCAGCAUCUGGUGGCAUACAUCACACUUGUCUCUGAACACCUCUUCUUCCACUAUCUCUGCCUGAUGGAGCUCCACCGGGGCAUGGCUGUCUUCACUGACUAUGCCAACCUCACCCGCUUCGCAGCCCAGCUCUCUCUGGACUGCUCCAGUCUCCUCAAUAUGGCUGCCAUCCAGCGCCAUCUCAUUGCAGAGCUGAAGACCCCGCAGAACCACUUUUUUCUUGACAGCAAGCCAGCUCGGCCAGAGCGAAAACGGCCACCACAGAGAGGCCGGCACUCAGCCAGAAGCACUGUGGGCUGCCGCCUCGGCCUCACCAUGACUCACUUCAUCAAACUGACCAGGCCCCACCUGCAGACAUGCAGGCAGAAAAUCGCAAAGGAUAUCAAAGAACUCGAGGAGAUACCCCCACUGGAUUUAAGCAGAGUCUGUCACUUAAUCCCUAAUGUAGAGACUUUUGACAGUUGCUUUACCAACCUGCCAUGUGUAGCAGUGAGAACCCCCUGCUCCUGUACCCCUGCUUCAGAAGAUCAGGAAGUCACAAAGAGAGUCAGGCAUGAGGCUGGCUCCAUUUCCAAAAAAAGUCAUUCAUUGCCCAAUAUGAGAGCCGGGCAACUCCUCUCAGAUGAACUUGGGAUCCAUCUUCCCCCUCGCCCCCUCACACCGAUCGUGCCCAGUCACUAUGCUGAGUCAGCAACAGAUGGCAAUCUUGAAGAGUCCAUGGCCAUAGCCGAGGACCUUCGCAAGCUAGUUCAAGGCUCCCUCCUCAGAAGUGGUAACAGAAGAGAUGAGAGUGAGGACGCAGAACUGCCUCCCAUCAUUGGAGCACUGACACGACGCAGAGCCAAUGUAACCAAACUCCAGCAGCUUCAGGAGACACUUAGAUGCCUCCAAGAAGAGGAGAUGGCUGAGCAACAGCUGAGAGAUAUGGUAGUUUUUGCACCACCCACUCACCCUCAAGGUGCCACGGUGAAUCUUCAAAUACACCAUGGCAUGGUAGCAAAGGCAGCUGACCUACAAGUGUCUGACAGAGCACUUGUUGACUCUGUGGCAAUUCAGAGAUACGGCCCCUUGUACAAUGAUCUUCUGGGAGAGAUUGAUACUGCUACAGUGAGUUACCUGGAUGCAAAGCUUUCAGCUGGGGAAGAGAUCCGGGAAAUUUACAAGGAACUGAUAAAAAUCAUCCCCACAGAAUAUCUGAGAUUUGACCAAGGACCCUUGAUAGAGCCUGCAGCUGUGAACGUGGACUUAUCCAACAGCUUGGCUUCCUCCACGCUGACCAAAAGGAAAAAUGAGCAGGUAAUCAAUACAGAAUUGAAUAAGCUGCUGCCCACUGGACCGUUCAGCACCCAGAAAGUCACUACACCAGUGCAAUCAAGUUUGCCCCUUGUGAUUGCCCGUAAACAAAAAACCACUUGGUAUCAGUGGUGGAAAUCUGCCCUCAACGCCGAUGACUACCUGAAAUAUGUAUCCACCAAGGAGUCUGAUUACCUGCAUGUGAUAUUUCAUUUGUACAAUGAGGGGGAGGAGCCACUUUUCAUAGAUGAAGCCCAAAAGAAACAGUUGGAGGAAGCACUGAGAGAGGUAAAACGGAAAGUGGCAGAGGUCCGGUCAAAGAGAGAGAAGUACAUGCCAGGGAUGUGGAACACAAACACCAUCAUGCUUGGCGGGCUUGGGACUUUUGAGGACCAGGACCGUAAGCCUGAAGACCUCAGAGUGCUGCAGAAGCGACUGGAGAGACUCUGGGAAGUUCUUCAUUUCCCUGAUAGGGAGAGGCUUGAUAUGGCGAUUAAGUACAGCUCCAACCAGUCUUAUGCUCAGCUGCCAGCUAUGCUCAAAGCCUGGGAGAAAGCAGCAAAGAGUAUCCAGGAACGGGAGCUUUUGCUGGUAGAGCUGGAGAAGUUUGAGCAAACCGCCUCUGACCCAAACCGCUUCUUCGAAAGGAGCCUUGAGUCUUUCGCCACACGCACCUGGGAGUCGAGGACCAGAGGCCGCCUGUAUGCAGCGAUCGCCCAGUGCGACACCGACCUCUACAUCAUUCUGCCCCAGAUCAAGGAGAGGUUCCAUGACACUGUGACUUUCAAGGGCCGCCCAUAUUUGGAGAAGAUGCGGUGGGACAAAGUGGAGAUGCUCUACUGGCUGCAGCAGGAACGCCGUGCUGGUGCCCUGGCAAAAGAAACGGGGAGAGAGGCGAGGCUUUGGAAGCUACCUCCACUGGCUCAGGUAGGCAGCAGUGCGGGAUUCUCUCCCCCAUCCCAUCUCGCAGCGGCCCAGACCCCGGAACGAGCACGACGCAAAGAGAUCCCACCCUUCCCCGCCAGCCCUGAUUGGCUGCACUCCCCUCAUGUGACCGGAACCCGCCCCUAUCGGAAUGCCAUUGGCUGGGAUGCCCGCGGCUCUGUUGAGAUGGUGAAACUCUUCAUUGGGAAUCUGCCCCGGGAGGCAACGGAGCAAGAGAUCCGAUCGCUCUUUGAGCAGUACGGGAAGGUGCUGGAAUGUGACAUCAUCAAAAACUAUGGCUUUGUGCACAUCGAAGACAAGACAGCGGCCGAAGAUGCCAUCCGUAACCUGCAUCACCACAAGCUGCAUGGUGUCUGCAUCAACGUGGAAGCCAGCAAGAACAAGAGCAAGGCCUCCACCAAGCUGCAUGUGGGCAACAUCAGCACCACCUGCACUAACCUGGAGCUGCGGGCCAAGUUUGAAGAGUAUGGCCCGGUAAUCGAGUGUGACAUAGUGAAGGACUAUGCCUUUGUGCACAUGGAGCGGGCUGAGGAUGCGGUGGAGGCCAUCAGGGGCCUAGACAACACAGAGUUCCAAGGCAAGCGGAUGCGCGUGCAGUUGUCCACCAGUCGGCUUCGGACGAUACCUGGGAUGGGAGACAAGAGCGGCUGCUAUCGGUGCGGGAAAGAAGGGCACUGGUCUAAAGAGUGUCCGGUAGAUCGCACGGGGCAAGUGCCUGACUUUACCGAAACCUAUAAUGAGCAGUACGGAGCGGUGCGCACUCCCUACCCCGCGGGCUAUGGGGAGACCAUGUAUUACGAUGAUGGGUAUGGAGCAAUGGUCGACUACUACAAAAGAUAUCGCGUGAGGCCCUAUGCUACGGCAUCUGCAUACGACGCCUAUGCAGAGCAAACAAUGGCCCAGUAUUCACAGUAUGCGCAAUACUCCCAAGUACAAACCACAGCCAUGGCCGCCACCACAGCCAUGGCCGCCACCACAGCCAUGGCCAAUCGCCUCACUACUACCCUAGACCCUUAUGAUAGAGCGCUGCUGCCAACCCCGGGAGCAGCAGCAGCAGCAGUAGCUGCAGCUGCAACUGCCGCUGCAGCAGCCGCAUCCUCCACCUAUUACACCCGGGAUAGAAGCCCCCUGCGUCGCACGGCAACCGCGGCCACCACCGUCGGAGAGGCGUACGGUUAUGAACGUUGUCAGCUGUCUCCAGUCUCGUCGGUCGCUCGGGCCUCCCUCUACGACGUUCAGCGGUUCGAGCGGGAGUCGUAUGCGGACAGGGCGCGACGGCCCCUGACCCAGACGCAGAUGGAACCAGGGGAGGAGUCCAGUGUCCCGGAUCCACAGGGCUCAGAGGAAAUGGAGGUUGGAGCAGACGACAGUGCCGCCUGUCUCUCAGAGGAGGAGGAUUCCGACCAGGAAGGCCCUGAGAUGGUGCCAUCCCACAAGAUGUGGCCAGGGGUCUCCAAGGGCGACGUCUCGCCCGGCUCCCCAUGGGACAUGGCUGGCCAGAGCCCGGGCAUUGGGGCACAGGCGCCGGAUGAUUCUGGUGACCUGGAGCAGGGGCUGGAGGAGUUUGGUGACAUCAUUGUGCACCGGGUGACACAGAUGGGUGUGAAGCCAUGCCGCUACAUUGAGGGGGGGCGCAGCUACGAGCUGAGCCCUGGUCUGGCCCGCCGGCUGCUGCGGCUCGACGAGAAGCCGUACGAGUGCACCGAGUGUGGCAAGAGCUUCAACCAGAGCUCCAACCUGCACCGGCACCAGCGCACACACACUGGCGAGCGCCCCUACUGCUGCCCGGCCUGCGGCAAGGCCUUCAGCCGCCGCUCCAAUCUGGCGCAGCACCAGCGCAUCCACUCCGGCGAACGCCCCUUCCACUGCGGCGACUGCGGCAAGAGCUUCAGUGAGAGCUCCUACCUGAUCCGGCACCAGCGCACCCACACCGGCGAGCGCCCCUAUAAGUGCCCAGCCUGCGGCAAGGCCUUCUCCCGCAGCUCCCACCUGGCACGACACCAGCGCACCCACACGGGUGAGCGCCCCUACCCAUGCACCGACUGUGGCAAACGCUUCGGGCUCAGCUCCGACCUGGCCACGCACCGCCGCACCCACACAGGCGAGAAGCCUUUCCGCUGCACCGACUGUGGCAAGGCCUUCUCCCGCAGCUCCCACCUGGUGCAGCACCAGCGCACCCACACCGGGGAGCGCCCCUACCGCUGCGCCCAGUGCGGCAAGAGCUUCUGCCAUGGCUCCAACCUGCUGCAGCACCAACGCACGCACCGUGGCGAGCGCCCCUACCGGUGCCAGCAGUGCGGCAAGGCCUUCAGCCUGAGCUCCAACCUGAUCCGCCACCAGCGCAUCCAUACAGGCGAGCGCCCCUACCGCUGCACCGACUGUGGGCGCAGCUUCGUGCUGAGCUCUGACCUCCUGCAGCACCACCGUGUACACACGGGCGAGCGUCCCUACCAGUGCCCCGACUGUGGCAAGGCCUUCUCCCGUGCCGCCCACCUGGCCCAGCACCGCCGCACCCACACGGGCGAGCGCCCCUACCACUGCCAGCACUGCGGCAAGAGCUUCAGCCAUGGCUCCAAUUUCAUCAAACACCAGAGCACCCACCUGCAUGGCUGGCAGCCCUGCUGGCCCCUUAAGGAGGGCGGGGAGGGCCCCCAGGAUGAUGGGGCUGGCAAGGAGGUGGAGGAGGGGCAGGCACAGCCUUAAAGCAUGGCAGUGCUUGGAGUGCAGGACCUGCUACACACAGGAGAAUCCAUCAUUGCCAGCCUCCUAGCCAGAUCACUUGGAUGGAGUGAGAACUUAUUAAACAUCACAGAACCCUGCCCCGUAUGGAACUGGGAACCCACCUCUGGCCUAGUAGCUAGGUGCCCUGGACAGAGCUGGGAACGCACCCCCGGCCUCGUAGCCAGGUGUCCAGGAUGGAGUUGGGAAUCCAGCCUCGUAGCCAAGUGCCCCGGACAGAGACGGGAACCCAUCCCCAGCCUUGUAGCCAGGUGCCCCGGACAGAGCUGGGAACCUAUUUAAUGUUGCUACUGUUGCUUUACAGGCCACAUCACUUAGCACCCACAAUGUAUCACACAUCAGACUAUGCUGCAAUAGGGUUCAUAGCCACCUGGCCCAACUCUCCCAGCCUAUUAAGCAUCCAGCAACUCAACACCGGCCCCCACACAGCCUUUUGGGCUUGUUUAAAUUGCUCUGGUUUGAUCUAAAUUUGGUUUAGAAGCCAGUUUUUAGGCCCAGUGUAAACAUGGUGCCAGUGACCUGCAAGUGAGAGCAGCCAAGCCCUGGUGUGAUCUUAGCUAUCUGCGAAUCCAGCUCUCAUCUGUGCCAAGGUGCUGAGUCCAGGAUGAGGGUCCCUGCUUUGCCGGGAGGAUACUCCAGAGAGUGAAGGACUCAAAUCUCACAAAGGCCAAGUGAGAUUCAGCAGGCAGGAUCCACCCUGGGUCAAUUCAGACUAGCAAUGAAGGGCAAAUGUUUGUCAGGAUGGGGGAUUCCCCAGCGGCGCAGCUCCCCCUGGGACGGUGGGAGGAAUGCUUCAUCCCUUGGGGGCGCUACAUCCAGGCCAAAUGUCUCUAAAGGCUGUGCUCUGGCUCCAGCACAGAUCUGGGCUAGGGGCAGGAAUGGCUGCAGGUGAACCUCCAGCCCAUGUGAUACAGGGAGGCAGGCUGGGGGAUGGGUACGGUCCCUUCUCUCCUGUUAUCUGCAAUGGCAUUCCCACACGUGCCAGCUGUACAGAGGGAGGCUCUUGUGAACCAGGGUCUUAGAAGCUGGAUCUGGGCCCUUGUGUUUGCAGCAUCCCACAUAGAAUCAUAGAACUGGAAGAGACCUCAGAAGGUCAUCUAGUUUACUCCCCUGCACUCAUCUUCCUAGCGGUCGCAUUUCCUCCCCUUCUCCCAGGGUUGAGCUUGGUUCACGCUCAAACGAGACACUCGCAAGUAAAGCCCAAAGGCUUCCCAAGGAUGGGGAUGGUGCUCCCAGAAAACCCAGCCAGCCAGACGCCUCCAGAUGAGGUGCUACUAACAUCGCCUUCCCCUGGCAGCAUCUCCAGCGUGUGGCUACUCCAUAGAAGGUUGCUAGCUUAGAAGCACACUGAUAGCUGGGCUGGAUGCAGGAGUCAGGGGUGAGGUUCUGUGCUAUGCGGCAGGUCGGACAGGUGAUCACCGUAGUGUCUUCUGGCUUUAGGCUGUACACCCUUGUUCUAUUCUGUCCUUUAACCCAGUCUGUGCUGCUUCCAACCGUCCUGGUUCCCCUCUUGCCCAGUUCUCUGGUAUCUCUUGCCAGCACUCUAGCUUCCUCUGGUGAUGAAGAAACCCCCCAUUUCUGCAUUGUAACACUUCUAGGGAGUGAUCCUUAGCUCAUCAAGGGCUACAGUAUCUCUGAACAAUCUCUCCGGAACCACUCCCCUUCUCAGUCUAGUCCUCAAGAUGACAGUCAUUGGCUGUGCUCUUCCAGUCUGGCUUGGGGGAUGAUCAAAUCUGCCACCUGUUUGGAGGAGCUCUGUUCAGAGGCCAUUGCUGUUUCCUAAAGGCAUCUUGCAAGGUGAACUUGGGGUUGAACUUUAGCAGGAUGAGCAGCUUCUGGCCUGUCCCACAGUGGGAACAUUGGGAAGUAUAGCAGACAGCUAGCCCAAACUCGUGUUGCAGCACUGCCACAGUGGGGAGUGCUGGUAAAACACGUCAGAACAUUUCAAUGCAACAGCUUUCCUUAGCUCUGAGCCAUCCCAUGGAGCAGGCAGACCCAGCACAAACUCCCCUGCCCUCCUAAAAUCUCACUCUGUCUGUAGGUUGAACGUAAAUCUCAAGCCAUGAUAUGUGUCAAUCUCCAGCCUGACUCUCUUGAGCAGAAAGAACAGGAGUACUUGUGGCACCUUAGAGACUAACAAAUUUAUUAGAGCAUAAGCUUUCGUGGGCUACAGCCCACUUCUUCGGAUGCGUAUAGAGUGAAACAUAUAUUAAGGAGAUAUAUAUACACACAUACAGAGAGCAUGAACAGGUGGGAGUUGUCUUACCAACUUUGAGAGGCCAAUUAAGUAAGAGGAAAAAAAACUUUAGAAGUGAUAAUCAAGAUAGCUCAGUACAGACAGUUUGCUAAGAAGGGUGAGAAUACUUACAAGGGGAGAUAGAUUCAAUGUUUGUAAUGGCUCAGCCAUUCCCAGUCCUUAUUCACUCCUUGUGUAGAUGAGUUUCAAAGCUGCCAAAGGGAUUUGGGUGCCCAUGAGAGAGUGGUGUUACCCCUCUGUAUGGCAUAGGUAAGACUGCCAAUGGGACAGCAUAUCCAGGCCAGGGAUUGGAAAGGGCUCAGGACAGAGGCAUGAGGAUGUUUGCAGGGUGGGGAAACAUGCCUUGAGAAGCUCAGCCCAUUUAACUCAGUGAUGCCAAGGUUAACUGGGGUGAUUUGAUCCCAGUCUGUCAGUCUCUAUAGUGGGAGAUUUCUGACAGUCAAGGGUGUGGGAAUCUCCCAGACAAAUGCCCAGCAGGGCUGGGAACUGAUGCCACACAAAUUAACACUGGCAAUAAGGGGCAAGUAUUUCCCAGGGAGAGAAUUCCCCCAGUGGAACAAUUGACCUGCAGAGGGGGAGGGAAGAUUCUCCAUUCCUUGGAGUCUUUUAGUCCAGAUGGGUUGUCUCUCGAGAGGCAGCACUCUGGCUCAGCCCAAGGGAUGAUCUGAAUUCAAGGACCUCUGCAGGAGAUACUAGGUGGGUGCUAUGCAGGUGGAACUAGACUAUCAUAAAAUGGCCUUACAAAGGGGAUGUGGUGCCUAAAUGCCAGUGGUGGCUUUGAAAACCCUAGGCCCAGCUUGUAUGUUGGGAAGCAAGGGGCAGGCAAGGUGGGGGAGCUUUCUAGUCCUGCUGCAGUACACUGCCAACUUUGCUGGUUUUCUUCAUUACACUUUUUGUUACCAAACAGCAUUGUGAAGGCAUGACAGUGACUCCACAGCAGUGGCUGGAGGUUCUCCCUAUGAACCACCUAAAUUGAUGUGGGGGCAGUCAAGGAGGAUAAGGACAUUGCUGACAUGCUAUGUUCCUUUCCCUCAGCCCUCUGCACAGAGGAUGCUGAGAGAUACCUGCUCUUCUGUGGUAACAAAGAUAUGGUGCUACCAGGGACUGAAGUGUCAGAAGAUGCAGUGCUGGAACCAAUUUGAUAGCAAGAAGUCAGCAAGACAUCCAAGAGUUAACAAGAAAGAAGUAGAUGAGAUAUUCUUGGGAGCACCUCAUAAACAGCUGCUCUAUGGGAUGGUAACAAAUUUUGUGCCUAUUUAAAAAAGCUCCAGAAAAUCUUACUUCAUUCCUCACUAAACUGUUUGGAAGAAACACAAUCAACAAAGCCCUCAACACUGGUGGUAGGAAGAGCUCUAACUGACCAGGAAAGUCAGGCUGAGCUCGUGUAUUAGACAUCUUGGAGCAUGUCUCCAAACUAAAUGUCAGUGAAGGAGAAUUGGCUCCUAGCAUUCAUCUGAACUCACAAAGGCCCUAGCAGAGUCCCUCCCAAGAGUGAGGAAAGAAGUGGGGAGGGGAGAGAGAGAAACUUUUGCCAUCUACCAGAAACUUGCUAGGACACAGGAAACAAUGGGUAGCGUUAAAUACAUGGUCUGCUUUCAUCAUGGUGAAAGAUUCAGAGCAGAGCCCACCAGGUCAGUGUUCGAUAUAGUUAAUGAUCAGGAAGUGGGGGGUGAGCAGUGAAACGGCUAAAUUUGCAGAUGCAAUAUGGUGGUCUGUAGAAGAUGCCAAGUAGUGGCCCACUUGUGCUUUAUCAGUUAGGAUGUUGAUCCGUGGGCAUUCAUGGUCUCUUGCUUCCAUGCUGUCAGUGACUCGGGAGUAGAUCACGCCAUUUUUGAGAGUGCUGCUCCCCUGUCAUCCACCUGACCCUUCCUAAAUAGGUUACGAACAGAGAUUUUUAACAUUCCGAUCACGCAAAUCAUCUCAGCGGGUUUCAGAAAUACCUACUGGGGCAAAUUAUUACUCAUUGCUCAAUAAACUGCAAUUCCUCUUGUUUAUUACCCAGGCUCCUAGCAUCGGUGUAGAGGCGAAUAAAGAAUUGUUUUUCUUCGGG